CUUUCCGACUUGCUUGGAGACGUAAGCUGCGGUGGGCUGGCUCCAUCGCGGAUCCAACUACUUCAGGCGAAAGUCUGCCGACGCAUGGCCAAGCUGGAAGUCUCCAGGAACAGUGCUACGGGUCAUACCAAGAUCUUGUAUGAGCAGCUUUUUUCGACCCUAAGUUCAACCGUCAAGAUGCAGACCGAACGUGCCUCCAGUGUUUUGGAAGCGAUUUGGCUCAGCUAUCGGGAGUCCACCACUCUCAAAGUUCCUUUUGUCCCUGAUCGAGCCACAAACGAUGCCCUGUCCCUUCGCCUCUCCCAGUCUGGCCAGUUCCUGGACAAUCUCUUGUCCAUGCCUGACGCUGGAGUCACAGCCAAGCGAGCGGUGCCUCCCUCAGCAAUUCCGGCUAUUCAAUCUGCGGACCGCUUCAACGCGCCCAUCUACGCUGCCGUAGGGAAAGAUCAACGUCUUGUGGACAAUCGCUUUUCGGUGCAAUCAUUUGGCCACAGGCAGCAGUGCCUUGAGCUGGCGAAGGAUAUUCGCGACGUACUGCAGACCAUUCUCUCUUUCGAUCAUGGCGAUCCAGAGGAUAUCAGCCCUCAUCUUCUCACCAUCUUCGAGCUGUGGGUGCGACUUGACAGAAUCGCAACUGGUCUGUGGCCCCUGUUGAAAGAAUUCGACCCCUGUUUCUCCUCCGAUAUCCUCGAUGCACUGCAGCUGCUGGAAUCCGCCGACGUAGAACGCUUGAGACAGGUUCAAGACUAUCUGCAGAAGCGGAAACGCGCGUGCACGUACCCCACAGUCACUCUGUUCAGUCCCAUUGGUCAGAACUCGUUCGCUGUACGUUUUGUGGCUCAAUCUUCAGCCCUUCAAGCAUUGGAACGUGGCAUUCGCGCCAAAAACGACUCGGCGCGAGAGAAGGCGUUGCUUGCGUGGCAGAGAGCUAGUGACGAAUUUGACGAGCAUACGACCGAGUAUCACAGCGGUACUUGUCGCUGUACCUUCUAUUGCGGAAAACGAGAUGUUCGUGGUUGUACACGAUGCUGGCACGGUCGCGCGAGAUUCACACUAACGGUUCAAGUCCAUGAAGAUUAUCUCCCAUCAAUCGACUCGGAAAUGAAAGCUGUGAUAUUCGAGCUUGGCAUAGACUCAGAGCUUGCGGAGUACCGCGACGUGACGUGGCUCAUUUUCAAAAGACUUCUCCACCCAGGACGACCGAACAACGUCAAGGUUGAGUCGGUGCUCCAUCGACACGGACCCCUCACGGGAUACAGACAGUCAAAGGCCAACUUGACUUUGGGUUCAAGAACAAAGUACUUCCAGCAGACGCAUUAUAAAUUCUCCAGUUUUGGUGGCAAGCCUUCGAAAUCGUCGAUCUUGCUGCCAUGCGGCGCGUCGUUCUACCUGUUGGACGACGAAGACAAUCUCUGGCCUUCCGACUUUCAUGGCCAGUUGACACUGCAACAUCUGUGCCACGUCUUGAUACCCCAGCCCCUCGAAGACACUUCGGUUUUCAAUCUCGGCAACCACCCUGACACAGUCAUAGACGGGCCUUCUUCGUAUCAGACAAUAGCCAAUCAGACCAAACGACCCAGCACAUGCUCAGACCAGGAAUUUGCGGCGCUCCAACGACUGCUGCAUGGGAAAAUGACGCGCUGGCCCAACUUGCUGCUGGAACUGGGGGCGACGAAUCUGGGGUUCAGCAACGUAGACACGUCGCGGAUGGUCAGUCAAUUGAGUCUUCAAGCUGGACCGUAUGAUCCAGGCAGUACGAAUUCUGACACAAUUCACGUCCUUUUCAAAGAGCCUGCAUUCUGCUCCCAGCUAUUUGAUCGCAUUCGCGCUCACUUUGACAUAAUUCGGUCCAAUUGGCGAGAGGUGGGAUACAUGAGCAUGCUCGUGACCCUGACUUUGCGAGCCUUAUACCUUUGCACGACUACCGACACUAUUCAGCAAGCUUCCCGGCUGCUGCUCGAUUUCCGAGAGACCCUCUUGGAGUGGAUCAUUAGUCUUCGGCAAGACUUCAAAGACGUUACAGAGGACGAUGUGGCAACGAGGACCGCCACGUACAUCGUACAGGCGUCUCUCCUUUGCAGGCGGACCUUCAACGUGUACCUUUCGUAUCGAUCCGAAGCCAAUCUGCCCUUUGCCCAGGAUGACCUCGCUGCGUGGACAGUGGCAUCUGCUGCUCUGCAGGAAAAUAUCUCAGUGAGCAUGGAGCUCCUGGAUUCCGCCUUGAAGCGCCUUUUUCAUCGAGACGCCCGACUAGCCUUCCGACUCGGAAACACACUCCGACAAGGCAUUCGAGACUUCCCUGAGGGAGUCAGUGAUGGAAUGUCUCGCCAUUGGCUGGGCACGUCGAAAACAUCGAAAUUCACGCGUUGGACUUUCCAGGGCGACGAGAAAGAUAACUGGCUCCAGUCGGAUCUGAUCGAAUAUCGGCAGGGACGAUCGUAUUCUGAACCUAUUCAAUUCCACUUGCUGGAAGGUCAUCUGCUCAUGGGAGGUGGACCCCGUGGCAAGUUACCGGCUCAUAUCCGAGAAUGCGCAGCCAUCAAGAUUCUCUUCAAAGGCAGGCACCUGGUUACAUAUCCUUGCCGCAUGCCAGGUCUGAGUCAUCGACUUGAUUCAGCACAUCAAGGUCAUCGGGUUUAUUUUGGCACGAGAGAUGGAUAUGUUGUCAUUCGCGCAGAAUCGCUCAAUACCGGGCACAUUCUAGAAUUCUUGGCGCCCGACAUACUCUUCCUUCCAGGGACUUUCGACUUGCCCAAUGAAUUGAGGGAGAACCGUUGCCAUUGGAUCAAUCUAUCAACCGGCAACGUAGAAGUUCGUCAUCUGAACCGGGCCUGGAAACCAAAUGAUAGCGAUUGGAUAAUCAGUCUGGCCAAUCGGACAGCUUUUCGUCGACAAUCCCAGCUCGUUGGUCCUCAGAGCGGUCUCUUUCGCCAGAUUGCAAGCAUCUUCGGUGGCUUUGUUGCACCCGAGCAGUUGACUGUCUAUCAACCGGGAGGGGCCUUGACCGUGCGGAUCCCGGUGUAUGACCUCACUUUUCACGUGAAUAAGGGUCGAUUGGAAUGCCGGGAGCUGCAGGCUGAGAUCGACCCUGAUCAAGAUGCGGGCACUUGGUACGGUCUACGAGGCAAGCUGUUUUUCCGAGAUGUGCAAAACAAAACAAAGAGGUUUAUUCUGGUUCCCCUUGGCAGCCCUUAUGCUCUUGAAGGUGGAUGGCGACCCGGUUGUACGGCCAGCAUCGGCAUUCGCGAGGAUCCGAUGUUUGGACGUUUCGAGGUCGAUGACACUCUAGGCCGACUGACUUGUGUGCCUGAACCAGCACUUAUCUACAACAAGGCCCUGAUCCACGCCUUGACUACGUUCUGUUCGCCGGAUCCGCUCACGGGUCGAACUGGCACAGAGGAAGCGGCCGAGACUUUGCGAUCAGCGGUUGCGCAACCUUGGCAACCCCUGGCAAACCUACCCAAAAUAGCGCUCCGGGCACUGCGGGGACUUCUACCUAAACGAGAGUACUAUCCUCAGGGCCUCAAAUGUCUGCAAAAGGUCGAAUGGGACGACAUGCUCCCAUCAUUUGUACAGUCGGACGCAUUCGAGGCUCUGAUCUAUGACAUCGAGCACAAGUCGUUCAAGCUGGCAUUAUUCUCUGAGACGAGCUCUGCGGAGAAUGGAGACACGAGCUCAACCGAGCCAAAACCACCAUCUGACCUCCGUCAACGAGGCGAGCUUCAACAAGCCGUCUAUGCCCCAGGGGUCAUCGUCUCGGAGGCGGCUGCUGCCUGGGGGGCAGACUUGUCAACCCGGGUCUAUAAUAGCAGACAUCGACGCGAUCGCCCUCCCUUCAGCACCAAUGUGUACAACCUAGUCUAUGCGAUGAGAUCGUCAACUCCACUCGACUCAUCUCGAAAUUUGACCGAUAUACUCGAAGAGUCCGACCUGAUCGGCGGGGUGCCGCAAUCCAUGCAAGGUAACCGGGGGCCACUCGUUGACCAGAUCGUCGUCAACUUUUUUGAGCAAUUCGGCGAACUAGUGGACUUUUGUCGACGGACAUCCUCGAUAAGACCAAACUCCAAACGCGAGUUCCGAUUCGCUCUGCUGGCCUUCUCGCCUCAAGUGGAUGUGGAUCUAUUGCAUUGGCUCGCUAUCAUAGCGAUGGAUGAGUCGAUUGCUGAGAUUUGUCCUCCUCGGCAUCCUCAAUUCGCAGGUUUCAAAAAGCGAGAGUGCCCCACACUGGAGGAAUUGGUCUCUCGAAUGCGACACGCCCAUCGACCUUUCAGUCACAACAUCGCCAGCUCUAUUUUCGGCGACGAGGCUAGCCUCAGGGCAGAAGAAGCGCAUAGGCUGCUUUGUGAGGAGGAGGCUCUGCGCCUCGCUCAAUGUCUCAUCUCUCAAUGGCCUCAAACCUUCGAUGUAGCCAAAGGGUCCCUCGACUACAACUCCUUUCCGUCUCUCCACCUCCUUGAUGCCUUGGUAUCUGUGGAGGAAGAUUGGGAACGCCGUUUGCACAACAAGGAUCUCGAAGCAUAUGUAGAUGCUGUAGAAGCCGGUUUACUGCACCGACAAACUGGACCUCCAGUUGGCCGACCUCUGCCAGUGACAUUACCCUCGCAAUCCGACAAUCCUAAUAAUUGCAAGCUGCCUUUACGAUUGGCCAAUGUUUUGCAGGGCGAUGAUAUCGUAUCGCCGCUGAUCCCUCCUGUGAUAACGCAAACCUCAAAUGCGACAGCUAUCAUCGGUCCAAUAUCGGUCAGCACCCGUCCACGAGUUGGACAACAUCCUCGACAAAAUCUGAAGAUCGUUUUGGAUUCGUUCCUCGAGGUCAAGGGGCUACGAAAACCGAAUACCGUCCGCCAAGAGUAUGCCAGAUAUCUCUCCGACAGCUUGGCAGCGCUCGACAAUCAAACUGUUCCUGAGCGGGUCGACGAUUGGCAGUUUCACACCGUCAUGCAGGUCGUGGAAUCGAAGAUCGUCUUGGCUCGAGAGCAUGCCAGCAAGAUCUUUCAGGAUCUACGACGGGCUGUUCUGAAAGCCCAUCCCCAUGUUCAGUGGUUAGUCGAUGGCAAUCUUUUCUCGGAUAUCGCGUCGCCAGCCACGAUUCUCCCUCUGCUGCGCCAACAGUCUGACAUUGGAAUGGGAGCGCCCUUCAAGCAGUUCCUCACCACCUAUGGUCUAGCCUUGACAGAGUUGCAAAGAUUGCAGCGUAUUUUGCAUACCCUCAAACAAGGUAAUCGCAAGGCAGCGUACGAGGAGAUUACCCAUGCUGGACACGAGAACUGGGACCCAAUGCAGCAUCAAGACUGGCUAUCUAUUGAACUCGACUGCAACAUCUUGAUCCGCCCGACGCAGGUCGAUGUUGCCCGGGCCAUCAUCUCACCUCGCAGUGGUCGAAACAGUCUGCUGCAAAUGAACAUGGGACAGGGCAAAACCUCUGUGAUCAUGCCAAUGGUCGUCGCAGAGCUGGCAGAUGGUGAGAGUCUGGUACGCAUCACCGUGCCAAAACCUCUCGUGAUACAGACUGCCCAAGUCACGCAAAGCCGCAUCGGUGGUCUGGUCGGUCGUUCGAUCGCUCAUAUACCGUUCUCGCGACGGACGUCGACGACGCAAGGGAUGCUAGAGGUCUACGAGUCCCUUCACAGGGCUGCGCGCGAUUCUCGUGGUAUACUCCUGACGACUACGGAUCACCUGCUCUCAUUUAAACUUCGAGGGUGGCAGAGAUUGAUUGACGGACCAGAGUACCACGAGGAGGCUGCUCGAAUGCUCGAGUUUCAGAAACGUUUGAGCGUUCAUGCUCGCGAUAUCUUGGACGAGUCGGACCACACGCUCUCGGUCAAGACGCAACUGAUUUACCCUAGUGGCGCUCAAACGACUGUUGAUGGCCACCCUUUCCGUUGGCUCGUUGCCGAAGGAUUGCUGGCAUUGAUCGAGAGUCAUCUGCCCGGACUGCAGAGGAAGUUUGGCUCAGACAUUCAGAUCAUCAAUCGAAACGAGUCGUACCCCACGGUCCACUUUCUUCGUCGCGAGGUGCAAGAAUGCUUACAGCAAUGCCUUGUCGAUGAUAUUUGCUCUGGCAAAGCUUGGUUCGUGCAUCCCGCACCUGGCAGCUCUCUUCAACCUGAUGUCCAGGGGAAGAUCUGUCGUUUCUUACUCGACGCGACAGUCAGCAAGGACUUCCUCGAGGAGGUUGGCAGCCUUGCUAUCGAACCGAACUCAUUCAAGAAACAGCUCUUGACUGCUCGUGGUCUUAUGGCGUAUGAAAUCCUAUUCGUCUGCCUCGCAAAACGAUGGAAUGUUCAAUAUGGACUAAGUCCUACUCGUCAUCCUGUGGCAGUGCCUUUUGAAGCCAAGGGUGUCGCUUCUGCGCAAGCAGAAUUUGGGCAUCCCGACGUUGCAAUCGUUCUGACUUGUCUCGCCUUUUACUAUGAAGGCUUGACCGAAGUUCAGCUUCGACACGGCCUGAGAUUGGUCCUGGCUUCGGAGGAUCCAGCAGCUCGUUACGAAAGGUGGCAUGGAGGAGCCUCCAACCUGAAGCCUGCAAUUCGACACUGGAAUAUCAUCAACCUGGACGAUCAAGCUCAGAUCAGUGAUUUGUGGGGUCAUCUGCGGUACAACCGACAUGUCAUUGACGAUUAUCUCAACACUUUCGUUUUCCCAUCGCACGCCAAGCAAUUCGCCGUCAAAUUACAGGCGUCUGCGUGGGAUGUGCCAAAUAUGUCACUGGACGAGAUAGUCGUUGGGCCAAAGGCUAGCUCAGGCGCAAGGACGACAGGUUUCAGUGGCACUAAUGACAAUCGACAACUUCUACCUGGCGCGAUUCAACAAGAUGAUCUCACUGGCCUCUUGCACACCAAUGCCGAAGUCCUCACGUACCUUUUGGAACCCCGAAACCAGGUCUACAAUAUUCUUUGCCACCCUUCCGGUCAACGGCUCUCGGAAGAGGAUCUUUUGAGAAGGAUGAAAGACCAGAGGAUACGGAUUCUGAUCGACGCGGGGGCUUUUGUUCUGGAAAUGGACAACAAAACUCUUGCCGCGACGUGGCUCAAAGUCGACACCCAAGCCAAGGCAGCUGUCUUCUUCACAGAUGAUGGUAGAGCCAUGGUCAUGUACCGAGGUGCUUGGCUGAAGCAAGUGCCAUUACUGGCUACUCCUUUCGCCGAUGAUCUCUCAGAAUGUGUGGUCUAUCUUGACGAGGCGCAUACAAGGGGAAUCGACCUCAAGCUGCCACCGUUCGGGAGGGGCGCCUUGACGCUAGCUCUUGGACAGACUAAGGACUUCACGGUGCAAGCGGCAUUGCGCCUUCGUCAAGUGGCUUCCACUCAAUCUGUGACGUUCUUUGCUCCACCCGAGGUCGAUCGUAGUAUCCGGGACCUCCAGCACCUAGGCUCAAAUGAGAAGAUCACUUCUUCGCACAUCGUCUUCUGGCUACUCGAGCAGACAUGUCGCUCUCACGAUGACCUUCAAGGUCUGCACCGAAGUCAGGGCGGUGACUUUGCACAGCGGAUGAGCGCCCAAUAUGACAAUCGAGAUUGCCUGACGGACACGAAUCAGCGACGAGCCGUGUUGGACGUUCUACAGCAGCCCGAAGCCCAAUCUCUGCAGGAUAUCUACCUGAUUGGGCCGUCAAAGCCGAGCGAAUCUGCGUCCACCCAUUCGCCUUCAGGAACCCAGCAACUUAGCCUGAUCGAGCGCUACGGGAAUGCUACGGAUGGUGUACACCAUUCGGCCGGUGCUGGUGUCCUUGACCAGGUGGAGCAAGAACGAGAAGUCGAAUUUCAAGUCGAAGAAGUCCGCGAGAUCCAAAAACCCCAUCAUUGGGAUGCCUUUAGCUUCCCUGGACUGCACGGGGCCGUGGAGCGGUUCGUCAGGACAGGUGAUCUGGAAACGAGCAGUAGCGUCAAACAAGCAUACUCUUAUAUUUCCGGAACAUCGCUCGGCGCAAAGUUCAAGGUCAGGAACUCUGGUGGUCGAUUGUUCGUGUCGCCGGAAUUUAGUCGGACGAUCAAGCUACCAUCCAAUGACAGGACUACUGGAGACAAUUUCUUGCGCCCUGUCCACUGGAUCAUCUGGAGCUGUAAGACGGAGACCGCCCUUGUCGUCAUCCCCGAAGAGGUCGAGUUGAUCAUUCCUCUUCUCCUAUCUGCCAAGAAAGCAUCCUCGGCCACACCAAAUACAUGUUUGGUGACAUACUCGGCACCCGUGACGAAAGACACUCUGAUCUUUGAUGAUCUGCAAUACUACACCUUGCCUGCGCUGCCUACCAGUUACACAUUCCCAGACUGGCUCAGGAUCGACCUCGGCAUACUGUCUGGUCGCCUCUACCUGCCUUUCAAAGAUUGCGACAUCCUCGCUCAGCUCAUCUCGGCGUCGAAGGACCAUAAGCAGAAUGGGGUUGGGCCUUCGAAUGGGUACACAGUGUCUACGACUCUGAAGCCAUUCGUCAAUGACAUGUCUGGAUUUUUGCUAGAGUGGCUUUCUCUUCGCCGACAGGGUCAAGAUGUCUACGCCACGCCAAUGGGUUAUACGUGUACUGGCCGGGUGUUGAAUGCCAGUCAUCCAUUCUUUACGGCUCAUUCGGUGAUUAUCGAUGGUGCCGAGGACGACAUGACGGCGGAGAAUCGAGUCGGAAGCGACGGUGUGAAAAGGCUCACCGAGGACGUCGAGGGGCUAAGUAUAGAGUGAAGUCCUACCGAGGCAUUGGUCAUCUCUGUAGCUUUACUUGCAUGACCCAUUGUAUAGGUCUUUCCCCCAAUCAAAUGUUCCGAUGCCCGAAGCAGGUUCCUCAGGCCAAAGGCAAAAAGAGAUCUAGAUCUGUUGACCUCCACCAAGAAAAGUUUAGCGAUUUGGAUGUGGCGUCACAAGGCU